AUGGAAAUGAAAAGAAAUGCUGAAGAUAACUUUAAAAAACUAAAAAUGAUAUCAAUCUCAUUAGAUAAAAUACAAAAUGAUUUUUGCACAUUGAGUGAGGCUAUUGAUGUCUGGAAAGAUUUAUUAGAUUUUUUUGAAAAAAAUUGUGACUCAAGUGAGAUUGAAAAACUGAAAGAUAGAUAUGAUAUGGCUGUGACACCACCACAUUUUUUAGCCAAUAUGUUAGGUCCUAAAUAUAACGGUACUCGUUUAUCUGAAGAUGAAUCUGAUUCAGCAUUGCAGUACGUCUACAGUUACCAUCCAAAUGUAUUAGCUGAAAUAAUAAAUUAUCAAGCACAAUGUGCUACAUUUAAACCAUACUUAUUUAACUCUGACACUGUUAAUAAUAUCAGUCCGAUGGCAUGGUGGAGCGCUUUAUUUAAAAGGAAAUUAAUAUCAAAUGAUCUUAACACAUUGACAAUGCAGUUAUUUACAGCUGUAUGUAGUUCAGCAGGAAUAGAAAGAUUAUUUUCAUCAGUUGGUUUAAUACAUUCAAAAUUCAAAAAUAAACUUGGGCGUCGAAAAAUGCUCAAAAUUAGUAACCGUUUUUAA